GGAGGAAGCUAUAGCAAAACCAUGGGUGGGUUUCCGAGAAGUUAUGGGGGAAGUGACACUCAUCUCCAAGGUGGAGAGAAAGAAACAAUGCAGAACCUUAAUAACCGCCUAGCCAACUAUCUGGACCAGGUGCGGUCUUUGGAAGAGGCGAAUUCAAAACUAGAAGUAAAAAUCAAGCAAUGGUAUGAUACAAACAAACCAGAGAAGACUGACUAUAGCAACUAUUACAAAAUUAUUGGAGAACUGAAAGACAAGAUAAUCGUCGCCACUAUGGACAAUAGCAAGACAAACUUGCAGGUUGACAACGCCAGGCUAGCUGCCGAUGAUUUCCGAAUAAAGUAUGAGACUGAACUGAGCAUGCGUCAGAGUGUUGACUCGGACAUAGAUGGGUUACGUAAAAUGCUAGACGACUUAACACUGGAUAAGGCUAGUCUAGAAGCUCAGCUUGAAAGCCUUAGAGAAGAAUUAGCUUAUUUGAAGAAAAAUCACGAAGAGGAGAUGGAGUGCUUGCAAAAAAACACUGGUGACGUGACCGUCCAGGUGGAAGCUGCUCCGGCUACAAAUAUCCUGAAUAUUUUGAAUGAAAUGAGAGCCCAGUACGAAGAGUUGGCUGAACAGAACCGUAAAAAAGCGGAAGAGGAAUAUAACCAAAAGAUCAAUGAACUGAGCAGCGAAAUAACACGUCACAGCGAACAGAUUCAGCUGAGCAAAAAUGAGGUCACUGAACUGAGACGUACCAUGCAGACCAUGGAAAUAGACCUACAGGCUCAGAUUGCAAUGAAAAAUUCCCUGAAAAACACUCUGGCAGAAACAGAGGGCAGAUACUGUUCCCAGCUGGCUCAGAUGCAGGGUUUGAUAAGCAACUUAGAGGAGCAGCUCUCUCAGGUCCGCUGCGACAUGGAACGCCAGUCUUCCGACUAUAAAAUACUCUUGGAUAUUAAGACCAGGCUGGAGAAUGAGAUCGAGAUGUAUCGUCGUCUUUUGGAAGGAGAAGAAAAUACUGUUAAUGUUUAUUAUUUUUCAUUUCUAAUUUCAGAGAAAAGGAAAAGCAGGCAUGUCACUACAAUUAUUGAGGACCGAGUCAAUGGCAAGGUCGUCUCAACAAAAGUGGACAAGAUAGAGCAGAAGAUGUGA